GAUGAUUUUCUAAUACACGUGAGAUUUGAUAUGAGUCAAAUUUAUUGAAAUUUAUAACCUAACUUUUAGUACUCAAUAAUAUCGAAAAACGUUAUAAUAAUGUUAAUAUCUAAAAUAAUUAAAACUCCUUUAGCGUUAUUUUCACCUCAAAUAAGUGCUAUUCAUACAAGUUCGAUUCUUUCUGCUUAUAAUCCAAAUAAACCAAAUAAAUUUUUGAGAUACAAUAAGAUAGUUUAUCCUCCUCAAGAAGAACAUGAAGAACCUCGGCCGGCUUUUGUAUGCCAUCAAAGAACCAACAUCAAAUAUAGUCCAUGGAAAAUGUGGUACAUAGCAUGUCUUGUACGAGGGAUGACUGUUGAUGAAGCUAUUAAACAAUUAAAAUUCGUUUUAAAAAAGGGGGCCAAAGAUGUUAGAGAAACCAUUGAGGAAGCCAGAGAUUUAGCUGUUAAGAGACAUAAUGUUGAAUUUGGUAGUAAUUUAUGGGUUGCCGAAUCUUUUGUGGGAAAAGGACCAGUUUUUAAAGGUGUAAGACGUCACGCCCGAGUGAGGCCUGGAAUUGUCGAAUAUUUCCAUUGCCACUAUUUCGUACGAUUAGAAGAGGGUAAACCACCCAAAAAUUAUUAUUUACAUGCUCCAAAAGAGCCACAAGAACAAUUAGACGAUUGGUUGAAGCAGAUGAGGUCAAGAAAAAUUAUAAAUUCUUUGUAAAAGUUAAUGUAUUAUAAUAAAGUAAAUGAUUUAAUAAUGUAAA